GCGAGUCCAGCUCCUCGCCUCUGCUUUCCUAGCCUCCGAGGGCUCCAUCGUUAACGCGGCUUAUAGCCCAGGGAGCGCCCUCCUCUCCACCACACCGUCUCCCGGGUUCGCUCACCGGUGGGAGGCUGAAGACAAAUUCGCAGGUGCUUCCCAGAAACCCCGCCGCUGGCCCGAGGGUGCAAACAUCUGGAUUGGCUCCGGGCGCUGCUUUCAUCUUAAGUCCUCCUGAAUGUCCCUUCUGCACACACCCUGAGCCGGCUCCUAAUCCAGAGAUGGAUUUGGCAGUGAACUUCACUUCCUUUUCCCACUUGACUUCCUCUCCUCUGGAGACCAACGGCAGCCUUGGCACAGAAGACCUGCUGCGCCCCAGCCCGCACCUGCUCUCUGUCUUCGGUGUGCUUGUUCUGACCUUGCUGGGCUUUCUGGUGGCGGCUACGUUCGCGUGGAACCUGCUGGUGCUGGCGACCAUCCUGCGUGUCCGCACCUUCCACCGCGUGCCACACAACCUGGUGGCGUCCAUGGCCGUCUCGGAUGUGCUGGUGGCCGCGCUGGUCAUGCCUCUCAGCCUGGUGCAUGAGCUGUCUGGGCGUCGCUGGCAGCUGGGCCGGCGGCUGUGCCAGCUGUGGAUCGCGUGCGAUGUGCUGUGCUGCACCGCCAGCAUCUGGAACGUAACGGCCAUCGCCCUGGACCGCUACUGGUCCAUCACCCGCCACCUGGAGUACACGCUCCGCGCUCGACAGCGCAUCUCCAACGUGAUGAUCACGCUCACCUGGGCGCUGUCCGCUGUCAUUUCGCUGGCCCCGCUGCUUUUCGGCUGGGGGGAGACGUACUCUGAGGGCAGCGAGGAGUGUCAGGUCAGCCGCGAGCCCUCCUACGCCGUGUUCUCCACGGUGGGCGCCUUCUACCUGCCGCUCUGCGUGGUGCUGUUCGUCUACUGGAAGAUCUACAAGGCUGCCAAGUUCCGCGUGGGCUCCAGGAAGACCAACAGCGUCUCGCCUGUAUCUGAAGCUGUGGAGGUGGGUGCUAUAGCGAUCCUUAAAAUACUCUACUUGCAUUUGUACAGGCU